AUGUGCGAUUUCUCGAAUUAUGGAGGCAGUUGUGAAGAAUGGAUUGCCUUACAGCAGACCCUUCCAACGAUAACCGAGCUUGAAAUGCCUACAGUGGACAUGGUAAGGUUAGCCAACGAAGAACGAGAAGCCGUUGUGAGACAGUCCAUGAUAAAGCUAGCAUCUCAAGUUGGGAUAAAGAACUAUUCAAUUGUUUCUAGAGAUGGUAGCAUUAUAAGUGUACGCAGAUAUAGACCGAUCAGUGUCGCCAAAGAAGAACUACUCCCGUUAUACAUCCAUCUACAAGGCGGCGGCUUCAUGUAUGGUACACUCGACGCGGAGGAUGCGAUAUGUGCUCGAAUAUCCAUCGGUUCUAAAGUCACAGUCCUCAACGUCGACUACAGGCAUACCCCGAAUUAUACAUAUCCCACGCAAUGGAACGAUGCCGAGGAUGCUUUCGAGUGGGCGCACGAUAAUAUGAAUAACCUCAAGUGCGAUCCUCGAAAAGUCAUUGUUGGUGGAGUGUCGGCAGGUGCAUGGCUUGCUGCGUCUCUCACUCUCCAAAGGCAUCUCAACAGGGCAUCAGACCCUCUACCACCUAUUGCUGGCCAAGUUCUCAUGAUACCAUGUUUGGCACACGUCGACUGCUACGAACCACAGCUGAACAAGAUGAAAGAUCCAUCGAUAUCGUCCUACAAGCAGAAUGAGUUGGCACCAAUGUUUUCACUUGCAGAAUUCCGCUGGUACACCAGUCUGCUCAAGAUAGAGAAUCCGCGUGUUGAUGAUCUCAAGAUCAAUCCCGGCAAUGCUACACCUGAACAGGUCCAAGGCAUGCCACCUACUGUAAUCGGGAUAGUUGGGUUGGACCCUCUGAGGGAUGAGGGGUUGUUGGUCCCGACUGAUGUGAAUCUGUUUAUUGGACUGCCGCAUGGAUUCCGAUCUUAUGAAGAAAGACUUUCUGCUUCGGAACGGUGGGAUAAGGUUGUUGAAGAUGGUAUAAGCUGGGCUCUGUCUGGGCCAUCGCCGAGUGAUGAGUUUUGUAUCAAGACAUGA